AUGACUUCUCAAAUGCCUUACAAGACCCGCAAGAUAAUUUCAAUUGUUAUCGCAGUGUUUCUUGGAGACACUGGAGACACUGUGUGGCCAUAUGAAUUGUCACGUUUUUCACGAAGUGGCAUACGUGAUGGAGAUUUCGACCGCAUCUCAAACACCACCCUUGGGUUUGAGCACAUAUAUGCUAUUGGUUUAAGAGAGCGCACAGACAAGCGUGAUUUUUUUACAGUAUCAGCCUCGGUCUCCGGCUUCGAAGUUGAUUGGGUUGACGGAGUUCGCUCACAAGACUUACAGCAGAAAGCGUUACCAAAUGGAUACAACCUUUCAACCAUAGAGCCCAAUGCUGUUGGAUGUUGGCGCGCUCACAUGAAUGUAUUAAACAGGUAUAAUUGGCUUCCUAUCUAUCCUCUCUGGUUUAAGCUGUUUAAUCUAAUAUUCGAGUGUGAGAAAAUCAGUGUCAUUGCCAACUCUUAUUCCACCGCCUUGGUACUAGAAGAUGACGCAGACUGGGACGUGAACAUUAAGGCACAACUCCGUGAAUUUGCCCGUGGUCUUCAUUCUCUGAAAGGGGUUACGAAAGUAUCCAAGCAGGCUCCUUAUGGAACUGAUUGGGAUCUUCUCUGGAUUGGAGGAUGUGCAUCAGGGCCACAUGCGAAUGAAACUCAAUUCUACGCCAUACCUGAAGACCCAACAGUCCCAAAGGUCGAACGUCGAGGCACAUGGCUUGGCCCUCUGGACAGCUGGAAAGAUGUGUUUCCUGAAGACUCCACGCGGUUCAUUUACCGCGCUCAAGAAGGCUGUUGCACUUAUGGGUACGCAGUCACAACCAGAGGGGCGAAAAAGAUCCUUACCGCUCUAGCCAUCGAUCAUAUAGAGGCCCCGGUUGACAAUGCUAUGUCUGAGUUGUGCGGUGGCCUUGGUGAUCGUGAGCGUAUUGAGUGUUUCGCGCCAUUCCCCAAUCUCAUCGGAACAUAUAAACCAGCGGGUCCGGCAUACAAAGAUUCCGAUAUUAAUAGCGGCGACCAAAGUGUUCAUGAGGAACAAUCUUAUAACCUUGUAUACAGCACGCGACGCAAUAUUCACAGAUUGGUUUCUGGUGCAGAAACGGUCUUUUCACAAUGGGGUGAGGAGUCACCAUGGUCACCAGGAGAAGUGAAUCCGAAAGAGCUUGUUUAUCCCCGGGGCUAUCAUUUUCACUAG